CUAAAAUGGACUCACUGAAAGAAGCUGAAAUUCGUGAAGUAUUUCGAGAGUUUGAUAAAAAUGGAGAUGGAAGAAUUACAAGACAAGAGUUGGAGGUUGCUCUUCUUCAAUUGGGAGAAAAAGCGAGCAAUUCGAAGAUUGAGACAAUGAUUGAGCAAGCUGAUUUAGAUGGAAAUGGAUGUAUUGAUAUAGAUGAGUUUUUGAAUGUACUCCGACGACAAAUCUGUGAUCCGAAAGAAGAACGAGAAUUGAGAGAUGUUUUUAAUGUGUUCGAUAAAAAUGGAGACGGCGUGAUUUCCAUCGAUGAUUUAAUUUUUGUUAUGUGCCAAUUGGGAGAGAAGUUAACUGAAACUGAAGCGAAAGAAAUGAUAAAACAAGGAGAUCUAGAUCAUGACGGAAUGAUCGAUUUUCAAGAGUUCGUCAAUAUCAUUAAGGGCCAAUAAUCAAAAGAAUCAAAAACUAUCUCAUCAAUGCUUUUCCAUUCCUUCGCACAGCUGAUCUACAUCUCAUUUUUCUAUCGUUUAAUUUUUGUGUACAUAUUUAUAAUUAUUGAUUAAAAAUUAAAACAA